CCUAAUCUCCUCUGUUCUUGACUUCUUUCCUUCUCUUCUUCCUCUCUAUCUCUCUCUCAAAUACUCUUUUAAGCUUACAAAUUAUUAAAGAACUCAUAAAAAAUCAAUCCUUUUUGGAAUCAGGAGAACAAAAUGAAGAGAGAGCAUAACCACCAAGAAUCCUCCGGCGGAAAAGUUGGGACCAGUAAGGAAGAGGCCGGAGGAUUCGACGAGCUUCUUGUGGUUUUGGGUUACAAAGUCCGAUCUUCCGACAUGGCUGACGUGGCACACAAGCUUGAGCAGUUAGAGAUGGUUCUUGGCGACGGAAUCUCGAAUCUUUCCGAUGAUACUGUUCAUUACAAUCCUUCUGAUAUCUCUGGUUGGGUCGAAACCUUGAUUUCGGAUCUUAACCCGACCCGGAAUCAAGAAAAACCCGACCUUGAUUCCGAGUACGAUCUCAGUGCGAUUCCUGGCUCCGCAGCGUAUCCACGUGGCAAGAGGACGAGAAUGGGAUCCGAUUCGUCAACGACACGUCCCAUGGUGGUUAUGGAUUCUCAAGAAACAGGAGUGCGUUUAGUCCACGCGCUUUUGGCUUGCGCAGAGGCGGUUCAACAGAACAAUUUCAAGCUAGCCGACGCGCUCGUUAAGCACGUUGGCUUACUCGCCUCGUCACAAGCUGGUGCGAUGAGGAAAGUCGCGACUUAUUUUGCCGAAGGUCUUGCGAGGAGGAUUUACCGUAUUUACCCUCGUGACGACAUCGGUUUAUCGUCGUUUUCGGACACUCUUCAGGUUCAUUUCUACGAGUCUUGUCCGUAUUUGAAAUUUGCGCAUUUCACGGCGAAUCAAGCAAUGCUUGAGGCUUUUGCCACGGUGGAGAAAGUCCACGUUAUUGAUUUAGGGCUUAACCAAGGUUUACAAUGGCCGGCUUUAAUCCAAGCUUUAGCCGUUCGACCAAAUGGUCCACCGGAUUUUCGGUUAACCGGGAUUGGAUCUUCGUUAACCGGUGAGUCAAUUCAAGAAGUGGGGUGGAAACUCGGUCAGCUUGCGAGUACGAUUGGUGUCAAUUUCGAAUUCAAGAGCAUUGUUUUAAACAAUUUAUCUGAUCUUAAACCGGAAAUGAUCGAGAUCCGACCCGGUUUAGAAUCUGUAGCGGUUAACUCGGUUUUCGAACUCCAUCGCCUCUUGGCUAAUUCUGGUUCGAUCGAGAAGUUUUUGUCAGCGAUUAAGUUGAUUGAACCAGACAUCAUGACAGUGGUCGAGCAAGAAGCAAACCACAACGGAGCCAAUUUUCUCGACCGGUUUACCGAGUCGCUACAUUACUACUCGAGCUUAUUUGACUCACUAGAAGGCCCACCGAGUCAAGACCGAGUGAUGUCUGAGCUCUACUUAGGUAGGCAGAUACUGAAUUUAGUGGCCUGCGAAGGUGAGGACCGCGUGGAGAGGCACGAGACGUUAAAUCAGUGGAGAAACCGGCUCGGUUCGUCAGGAUUUAAACCGGUUAAUAUUGGUUCGAAUGCGUUUAAGCAAGCGAGUAUGUUGUUGGCACUUUAUGCUGGAGCUGAUGGGUAUAAGGUGGAGGAGAAUGAAGGUUGUUUGUUGCUCGGAUGGCAAACGCGACCGCUAAUCGCUACAUCUGCGUGGCGUUUCAAUCGUGUGGAAUAAUUGAAAUUAUAUAAAUUUCAGAAGUGAAAAUUGUUGCUAUAAAAAGUUAUUGCAUUCGCUGCUAAAAGUCCCACGUUUUUUUCUAAUUUUUAUGAACUUUUUACUU